AUGGAGCUGGGGGAUUCGUCGGCGGCGGUGAUUCCUGACUCGUUCAUGGGAUACAGAGACGACAUAACAAUGCAAAUGUCGAUGAUCUUGGAUCAGAUUCGAGCUCCAUUGAUUGUCCCAGUCCUUAGGCUCGGAGUAUACAUCUGUUUAACAAUGUCGGUGAUGCUAUUUGUGGAAAGGGUUUACAUGGGAAUAGUGAUCUCUCUUGUUAAGCUGUUUGGUAGAAAACCAGAGAAACGUUUCAAGUGGGAACCAAUGAAAGACGACAUCGAGCUCGGAAACUCUGCUUAUCCUAUGGUUCUUGUUCAAAUCCCAAUGUACAACGAACGAGAGGUUUAUCAGCUCUCUAUUGGAGCUGCUUGUGGGCUCUCAUGGCCGUCUGAUCGAAUCGUUAUUCAAGUUCUUGAUGAUUCCACUGAUCCAAUUAUCAAAGAUCUAGUGGAGAUGGAGUGUAGCAGAUGGGCGAGUAAAGGAGUUAACAUAAAGUAUGAGAUCAGAGACAACAGAAACGGCUACAAAGCUGGAGCUUUGAAAGAAGGAAUGAAGAAGAGUUAUGUCAAAAGCUGCGAUUACGUCGCAAUCUUCGACGCCGAUUUCCAGCCUGAGCCUGAUUAUCUUUGGAGGACCGUACCGUUCCUCCUCCAUAACCCUAAGCUUGCUCUCGUUCAAGCUCGCUGGAAAUUCGUAAAUUCGGAUGAAUGUUUGAUGACAAGGAUGCAAGAAAUGUCUUUGGAUUAUCAUUUUACCGUCGAACAAGAAGUUGGUUCCUCUACUUACGCCUUCUUCGGAUUCAACGGAACUGCGGGAAUAUGGAGAAUAUCGGCACUAAACGAAGCUGGUGGUUGGAAAGAUAGAACGACCGUGGAAGAUAUGGAUUUGGCCGUGCGAGCUAGUCUCAAGGGUUGGAAAUUUUUGUACCUCGGUUCUUUAAAGGUUAAAAACGAGUUACCAAGUACAUUCAAAGCCUAUAGGUAUCAACAGCACAGGUGGUCAUGUGGUCCAGCAAAUCUCUUCAGGAAAAUGGCAUUCGAAAUCAUGACCAACAAGAACGUGACUUUAUGGAAGAAAGUUCAUGUGAUAUAUAGCUUCUUCGUGGUAAGAAAGCUUGUGGCACACAUUGUCACCUUCAUAUUCUAUUGUGUGAUCUUACCGGCUACGGUUCUUGUACCGGAAGUUACCGUACCGAAAUGGGGAGCGGUUUACAUUCCUUCCGUCAUUACUCUGCUCAACGCGGUUGGAACACCAAGGUCACUCCAUCUCAUGGUGUUUUGGAUUCUGUUCGAGAAUGUGAUGUCUCUUCAUAGAACAAAAGCGACCUUCAUCGGUUUACUCGAAGGUGGAAGAGUCAACGAGUGGAUUGUUACUGAGAAGCUCGGAGAUCUUAAGGCUAAAUCCGCGUCCAAGACUCCAAAGAAGAUCAUUCGUUUUAGAUUCGGGGAUAGAAUUCAUGUGUUGGAACUCGGAGUUGGAAUGUAUCUGUUCUUUGUGGGAUGUUAUGAUGCGUUUUUUGGGAAGAAUCAUUAUUAUCUGUACCUUUUUGCGCAAGCAAUCGCGUUCUUCAUCGCAGGAGUAGGGCAAAUUGGGACAAUUGUGCCUAAUUCGUGA